AAGCAAACACCAAAGAUUGUUUGCCCAAAACUUGGGCAUGCGCGCGCAUGUGUUUGCGCUUGUACUUUGAGCAAAACAGAUUGAAGAUGGCCUCCGUGCGUUUGGUGCUGUUGCUGCUAACGUUUGGAGUCCGGGCCGCCACCAAUGACGAUGUGGAUGGAAACGCGCGCGAGGUACGGAUAGAGCGGCGGGCGGCGUCUGAGGUGCUGAAACGCCAACGGCGCUUCAACACCCUUUUCGAGGAGUUGAAGGCUGGCAAUCUGGAGCGGGAAUGCUGGGAGGAAACGUGUGACUACGAGGAGGCCCGCGAGUACUUUGAGGACGAUACCAAAACGAUGGAAUUCAUGGCCAAAUACAGCGACGGCGACCAGUGCAAGCCACCUCCUUGCCAAAAUGGCGGUAGCUGUCACGAUGGCAUCAAAUCGUACGUGUGCUGGUGCAACCCGAGCUUUACUGGAAAGAACUGCGAGAUUGAGGUCUCCAAGCAGUGUUCGAUCAACAAUGGCGGCUGCUCUCACUUCUGCUCCAUGAACUCAAACAGCGUGCGCUGCCACUGUGCAUCGGGAUACAAACUAGACGAUGACCUCGUGACUUGCGAGCCCACAGGCGAGUUCAGCUGCGGCAGGACGGGGUCGGCCCCCACACCGCGUUCGGCCAACUGGACAGACGGAGCCGAGCCAGACGAUGACAUCAUCCCGGACGAGUGGGUGGACUAUGAAUAUGAGGACGAGCCGGAGCGUGGCGACAACGCCUCCACGGUCUCUCAGCUCAGGAGGCGCUCGGUCAGGGGAGCCGGCGAGCCGUCGUCAUCGCCGCUGCUGUGGCAAUCCUUCUUCCCCACGCUGCCUACCAUCACGGCCAGUGAGAACAACGACCAGAGGAUCGUGGGCGGCAACGAGGCCAAAGCGGGUGACUUUCCCUGGCAGGCGGCGCUGAUCUCGCACUCGGAGAGGUUGAUGGACCCCAAGGCGAAACCCUUCUGCGGCGGCUCGCUGCUCAGCGAGCUUUGGGUGAUCACAGCGGCACACUGCGUGUUGGAGGCCCGCGUGAGGGAAAUCACCUUCUUCGUGCGAUUAGGCGAACACGACAUGGACAAGCACGAGGGUCCGGAGAGGGACCACGAAGUGGCUGAGGAGCACGUGCACAGAUUAUACAAUUUCAACAAGUCACCCUUUAACCAUGACGUGGCGCUGCUCAAGUUGGCCGUGGCGGUGGAGUUGUCGCCGCAGCGUCGGCCCGUCUGCCUGGGGCCCAAAGACUUCACGGAGACCCUCCAGGAGGAGGCGCCCGUCUCUGUGGUGAGCGGCUGGGGCCAAGUUAUUUUCAGGGGGGCCAAGUCGUCGGUGCUGCGCCGGGUGGACGUUCCCUUGGUGAAUCGCGCCGUCUGCAAGGCCAGCAGCAAGUACAACAUCACCCCCUUCAUGUUCUGCGCCGGCUUCCGCGACCGUAAGGAGGAUGCCUGCAAGGGGGACAGCGGGGGGCCGCACGUCACUCUCCACCAGAGUGUCUGGUUCCUCACCGGCAUAGUCAGCUGGGGCGAGGAAUGCGCCGCGUCCGGCAAGUAUGGCAUUUACACACACGUCUCGCGCUACUACGCCUGGAUCAGCAAAACCAUCGGCAUCCACACCAACUCAUGAACAUGCACUUCUUUGUCUCCAUCUUCUGCUUCUCAGAGUAGCCACCUCCUUCUCGUUUUCCCUUCCUCUCACGUUUCAAACAAUAAAAAGCCACGAACGUGA